AUGACAGAGCAAGACAAGUCAUAUCGACCACGUUCUCCCGACUUUUCCACCUUCCAGCCCACCAUCCCCUCCGUCACCCAACCGACCUACCAAUUCGGGGGAUCCCUUCCGCAACGCACCUCUUACGACGCCUCCCCGUUCUUCAACCCUCACUACCAACAAUCUCCUGUUGCGCCAAAUAGAGUCCCUCAGCAAUACGUUCCUCCAUAUUCAGACGACUUUGACUCCGAUAUGGCGCGUCGAUCUUCCCGUUUAGCACGCGCCGUCGAGGUUGCGCCGGUACAGGUCGCGCCAGUACACGUUACGCCACUACCCGAACCGAAAUUCAUGGAGCCAGUCUUACCAGACGAGCCCCCAGAGCUUCCAACACCAAGCCUAGCUGCCGGAGUUGAAGUAAAAACAAAGUUUCCGGUUGCGCGGAUCAAGCGCAUUAUGCAGGCGGAUGAAGAUGUCGGCAAGGUUGCCCAGGUGACCCCGAUUGCUGUCUCCAAAGCACUCGAACUCUUCAUGAUUUCCCUCGUCACAAAGGCCGCGAAAGAGGCCAAGGACCGAAAUUCAAAGCGCGUAACCGCCUCUCACCUCAAACAAGCUGUCGCGAAAGAUGAGGUACUAGAUUUUCUCGCGGACAUCAUAGCCAAGGUUCCCGACCAGCCAACGGGGAGAAAACACGAAGAUGAUGGGAGUGAUCAAAAUGAGCAACCAAAGCGAAAGCGCGGUGGUCGGCGGCCCAAGGACGAUAGCGAUUAG